AUGAGAAUGUUUGACUCGUACGAACAUCAACAAUCGUCAUCUGCUACAUCUUCAUGUGAUAUAGAAUCAAUGGACGAAAUUCCACCUCCAACAGCAUCAUCAAUACUCUCACUUAAUGAUGAUCUUACAAUAUCAAAUAGAUUAAGUACAACAACACCACAAAAUUCAGUUACACUUCGAUUCAAAAAAAAACGAAAACGUAAACUUGAAUCAGAUACAGUAUCACUUCGUUCACUUGAAGAUAUUGUUGGUGAUCAUUUUCAACGAAGAAAACGUUUAUCAUUACCACGUUUAUCAUCUGUAUCAGAAUUAUUAAGUCCAAUGUGUGAUCGUGUAAUAAAUAUGCUUCAAACAACAAAACAAUCAUCAUCAGCUAAUUUAUUAAAUCUUAUUAAUCAUAAUACAAAUCAUAAUUCAACUAUACGUCGUAAGAUACCAUCACAACAAACAUCAAAUAAUGUAUCAUCACCAACAACAAUAAAAAAAUUUCGUGCUGCUUGGUCAGAAACAUGUGAUGGAGAAAAAUUAAAACAAACAAUGACAGCAACAGAAAUUGAACGACAAAAUGUUCUUUAUGAAUUAUUUUCCGAAGAACAACAAAUGAUUGAAAAUUUAGGUUUAGCACAACGAGUCUAUCGUAAUGAUCUUCUCUAUCGAUUAAAACCAAAAGGUAAUUCAUCAAUUGAUGCUGUUGGUCAAAUUUAUCUUGAAUGGUUUCAACGUAUUCGUUCAUCAUAUGUUUCUUAUUGUUCGAAUUUAAUUAAUGCAAAAGAAUUAUUAGAUGCUAAACGAUGUGAAGAAAAUGGUCGUGUUGAUGAUUAUCUUAAACGUUGUACUGAUUCAGGUUUUAGUCGUAAACUUGAUCUUUGGGAUUUUCUUGAUCAACCACGUAGUCGUUUGAUGAAAUAUCCAAUUCUAUUUAAACGUAUUCAUAAACGAUCAAUAAAAUUGACUAAAGAUGGACAUGAAGAUAAACGAAUAUUACUUGAUACGAUUAAUAUUGUUGAAGAACUUAUAAAUGAUGUUAGUCAAGCAACAUCAGCACAACUCUGUUCAAAUGUUAUUGCACGACUUGUUUAUAUGAAUGAUGAACAAAAACAUCCAUUAAUUGAAAAACAAACACGUAUUAUAUGUCAAGGUGAAUUAAAAAAUAAUCGUGGCCAUAAAUUACAUGUGUUUUUAUUUGAUGAAAUACUUGUAUUUACACGUAUAGCAACUCGUAAUGGUUUAAAAUCUUAUCAAUUAACAAAUUAUCCUAUACCUGUUCUAUCAUUAAUUGUCGAAGAUAUUGAAGAUGGUGUUAAAAUUCCUGAAUUAUCAUCUGGUAGUUUUUCACGUACAUUAGCUGGAUCAAAACCUGCUCGUAAUGUAUUACGUUGUUCUUCAUCAUCAUCUUUAGAUAAUAAUAAUAGUCGAAAUACAUCUAUGUUAUUACAAGCUCGCGAUAUGUAUGAUAAACAACAAUGGUUAAGUGCAUUUCGAUCAAUAACAACAAUGAAUAAACAAUAA